UAUUAUUCGAAAACAUUAUUAAUAUUGAAAAAUAAAAUAGCGCGCGUCUGUGGUGCUAGUAUAUAUAAAAUUUAUGUGCAAGAACUAAUAUUCUUAUUCGCUGAAAUUCGUAUUAAAUUUUAAUUAAAUGUUAUAGUUUAUUAUUUCAUCAUGAAUUGAUUAAAUGUAUCAAGUUCAAUAGCAAAGUCUAGAUUAAUGUACUUGAUAGCAUAAAAUAAUAACAUAUUUCGAUAUUGAAAACCAGUAAUUCUAGAUUCUUUUGAGUUAAUUCAAAUGCAGAUAAAAAAUCUACUAGAAACUGCUGGUAUUUAUCAGUCAAUACUGUGGUUUCAAGUACUAUUAUAGAUAUUUUUAUGAUAUAUCGCACGCUGCUGUCUUCAACGGAGAAGUGAACUGUACAAAUGCACACAGUGGAAUGAAACGCAUGAAAUUCUGGCGUUAAAGGAAAAGUGAACUACGCAUGCGUCGGUUUCUAUCAAGAUAUUAUUUUACGAAUAUUUUUCCGUGGGAAGUAACCACAUGUCGAAUUUCCUUUAACAUUAUAUUGAUCACUUAAUCGCCAUCGUCUUCUCGGGGUAGGUGACAAAUUAUGAGUGUAUCGAGCGCGGUAUGUGCUAUCUUAUACUCCGUUUAUAUUAUUGAACAGUGUGCAUGGCAAUUUACUUAUAUAAUCAUAUAACAUUAUAUAAAAUUGUAUAAUUCUAAAAUUGGUAAAGAAAUUUUACCAAUUUUACAAUUAUACAAUUUUAUAUAAUGUUAUAUGAUUAUAUAAAUCGCAAUUGCUUUUAUGCAAGAUGAGGUUUCACGAACCACCACAAAAUAUUUUGCAGUCAAACGUAACUCGAUAAACUCACGAUCGCUUGUAAAAUGAGUAUCUCCGUUCAAGAACGGUACUUUAGCUUGAAUAGAAUUAUAUUACUCGCUACUGGCUUAUGGCCUUAUCAACAAUCAAAGUUUGCUCGAUUUCAGGCAGCAUUGUAUCUCAGUAUGAUGAUAAGCUUCAUCAUAUUCCUGAUGAGGCAAUGAAUGUUGAAGCAAAUAAAUCCCAAGAAAGUUUUAAUUACAGCUUUCAAGACUUUGUUUUACAGAACAAUCCUUUGAAUUUACUCUUCAUUUGCUUUCUAUGUCAACAUAUUUUAUUUUCCUCCUGAUUAAGUAUAUCUCCUUUUGGAUUAACAUGAAAUCUAUAAGAUAUUUAUUGGAGCAAUUUCAAUACAUCUACAAGAGGCUAAAGGAUUCGAAAGAAAUUGCUAUUUAUAACAAAUAUGGAAAUAAUGGAAAACGAAUAACAAUCGGUCUUAUAAUAGUUGGAAUAUGCACUCAGACUUAUCUGAUUGCAAUACAAUGUUUGCCACACAUUUUGGAUAUGAUUAUGCCCAAAAAUGAGACCUACAUGCACCGCUUUAUAGUAAUUGUGACUGAAGGAUUCGCCGUACAAGAAAAAUAUUUCUAUUUAUUGUUUCUGUAUCUAUACGCAGUUUUAACCGCAGGAGCAGUUACACUCAUAGCGGUAGGGGCAAUGUUGUUAUCAUGUUUGAAACAUAUCUGUGGAAUGUUCAGAAUUGCUAGCUACCGCUUCGAACAAGCAGUAACGGCUACGUUACAAAAUAUUACCUUAAAAAAUAAAACUAUGUUUUACAAAGAGUUUAUCUAUGCCGUGGACAUUCAUCGCAAAGCUACGGAGUAUGCCAAAUGUGUUCUGGGCGACAUGGAACGAUCACUUUUCGUUGUUACAAUGGUUACUGUGCUUUGUUUGAGUUUGAAUCUUUAUGAAGUAAGCUUUUUACAUUCAUUAUUACUUAUGAGUACUCUAUGUAGCAUUUUACAAUAUUUAAUUCGAAAGAAAGUUUUAAUAAGAAGAUAAAUAUCUUAUUAAGAAUCAUUUUAAAAUAUGAAAAAAGUAAAUUCUAAAUAUCAUGCUAAUUGCUUAAACAUACAAUUUCAAAAAUUCGCUAGAAAUUGCAUAGGAAAUGAUGAAUUGCAAAGAUAUAAAUAUUAUUAGAGAUAUUAAGGUAUUAAUUGUACAAUGAUGGUGGUUUAGGUAUUUCAAAUUAAAUCACCUAUGCAAGAAAUAGAAAAGACAAUGGGACAUCUUCUUCUUAUCAUUUUUCUGUUUAUAUACAUGUUUGCAGCUAACUAUGCUGGACAGGAAAUUACAGAUUCUAAUAAUCAUGUAUUUCUUGCGGUGUAAGCAAUAUUUUUAUUGUUGUGUGGUUCUUAUAUUUUUAUUUGUAUAAUUUUCAGUGUUGAAAGCGCUCGUAUAUCUUUUUAUAAAUCGUAUAUCUUUUUUUCAAAUUGUCAAUUCUAUGCCACGUUUUUUAUAGAUACAAUGCUCCAUGGUACUUAGCACCAUUGCAGAUGCAGAAGUUGACCUUGUUCUUAUUACAAAGAAAUAGCAAAGCUUUCACUUUGAGUAUCGGUGGAUUAUUCACAUUAUCUAUAGAGUGCUUUACUUCGGUAAAAUUAUACAUAUACAUAAAUAAUAUAUGUGCAUUGUUCAAAAGUAAGGAAAAAGAUAAACUAAGGAGAGUAUAUUUGUUUUCAGUUAGUAAGUGCAUCAGUAUCUUACUUCACUCUCAUGCUAUCUUUGUAUUAAUAACGAAGACGCAUCCAAUAAUAUCGUAUGAAUACGUGAAAUAUUA